AUGGUAGGUUCCAAGCGAGUUUUUGUGCAAAAGUUAACGCUGUAAUUGAUUUCAGACUAUCUCCAAGAACAACAAGAUGAUGGCACAUCUUAACUUCCGAAUGAAGAUCAUUCUUCAAGACUCGAGAACGUUUGUCGGAUUCUUCAAGGCGUUCGACAAGCACAUGAACAUUUUGCUCGCCGAGUGCGAGGAGCACAGACAGAUCAAGCCAAAGGCCGGGAAGAAGGUGUGUUUGUUGAGAAUUUUGAGGGAUUUUCUUUAAAUUCGAAUAAAACGAGAAAAUGUAUCGAUUUUUGCAGGCUGAUGGUGAGGAGAAGCGAAUUCUCGGACUGGUGCUUCUCCGCGGAGAGCACAUCGUCUCGAUGACCGUCGACGGACCGCCGCCAAGAGACGACGAUUCGGUGAGGAUCGCCAAGGCCGGUGGAGCGGGAGGAGUCGGUCAGGGUAAGCCAGGAGGCCGUGGAAUGCCAGCCAUGCCAGGAAUGCCGCCAAUGCCACCAGGAGGACUCGGCGGAGCCGCUCGCGGACACGGAGGACCUGGAAUGGCCGCCAUGCAGCCGGGAGCCUACGGAGCUCCGGGAGGACGCCCAUAUUAA